AUGCUAAAAUUCCUUCCAACAGUGCAGAGAGCCUUGGGCCUCUUAAUUCUGAUACUCGUGUCACAGCCAGUCGCCUCUCACCCUGCUGGUCCCCUUACCAAGAGAUCCGCCGCAUCAACUGCACGGGAGCGUCUAAGCAUCAAUGGAGACUGGAAAUUCUCGCGUUUUGCCUCGAGUCCCGACUCACUAUCUUACGAUCCCGUCCUGAAGCCAUGGAUUCUUCCUUCGGCAAACGACUUCAUUGUCAACGGAACCAAGUACGAGCGGCCAUCCGGUACUCCUCCAGGUAGCGAUGUUGAGUAUGUCCGAGCGACCUUUGAUGAUUCUUCAUGGGAGAGCGUGAACCUGCCUCACGACUGGGCAAUCAAGGGCCCCUUUGGAGCACCUGGUAUUAGUGGUGGUAUGGGACGAUUGCCAACCAAUGGAGUCGGGUGGUAUCGCCGAAACCUUACCGUUGCUGCAAGUGACGUGGAAAAGUCGAUAUUCCUCGAUGUCGAUGGCGCGCAGUCUCACGCGAGCGCCUGGCUCAAUGGGGUUCUCGUGGGUGGUUGGCCUUACGGAUAUUCCUCAUUUCGACUGGACCUGACACCAUACGUGCAAGUUGGCGGUGGGAAUCUGCUCGCUAUUCGGCUGGAAAAUGCUGUCGACUCGUCACGCUGGUACACGGGAGCCGGCAUUUACCGGAAUAUCUGGCUUGUCAAGGUGAACCCAGUCCAUGUUGGACAAUACGGAACACGAAUUACUACUCCGUCUGUCUCGGCAGAAGAAGCGACGGUUGAUAUCGAGGUGGACGUCGAAAACAAAGCGAAUUCCACCCAGGAGGUACUCGUGAGAACAGAGAUUUACCCUGCUGGAAGCGACGAGAUCGUGGCAACAUUUUCCGACUCGACGAUUCGAGUUGCUGCAGGAGCGAAGCAGUCUGCGCAAACCUCCGUCACGAUAUCGAACCCGCAGCUAUGGGGCCCACCUCCAACCCAGACGCCAAACCUGUACACAGCUGUGACAACCGUGCUUGUUGGCAACAACUCGAUAGUUGAUCAAUACGAAACCCAAUUCGGAAUCCGGUCGGUGACCUUCGAUGGAACAGACGGCCUCAUCGUGAACGGAGAAGCAAUACGAGCCCGAGGCACCAACAACCACCACGAUCUCGGCAGCCUGGGGGCGGCCUUCAACGUGAGAGCGGCCGAGCGCCAACUUGAGACGCUCCAGGAGUUGGGAUCCAAUUCCCUCCGCAUGUCACACAAUCCACCCGCACCUGAAUUCCUGGAUUUAGCGGAUCGCUUCGGAUUCCUGGUGAUGGAUGAAUCGUUCGACGCCUGGAAUGUGGCCAAGGUACCAAACGAUUACCACCUCUUGUUCCCGGACUGGCACGAGCCCGACACGCGAUCUCUCGUCCGCCGUGAUCUCAACCAUCCUUCCGUGAUACUGUGGAGCAUAGGAAACGAGAUCCCCGAACAACGCACCGCCGAAGGAGCGGAGACUGCGCGGACACUCGGCGAGAUCGUCCACAGCGAGGACCCGUCACGGCCCGUGACGAUGUCUUUCGACCAGGCGCAGCCGGGUGACGCCGUCGCGGGCACUAUGGACGUUCUCAGCCUGAACUACCAGGGUGAGGGCCGGGCCAACUCGUGGGCCAGCUUGUUCCCCGGGUUCCACGACACCCACCCGCAGAAGCUGCUCUGGACCAGCGAGAGUUCUGCGGCGGUGAGCACGCGGGGCACGUACGUCUUCCCAGUCGUGGGCAACAAGAGCCAGGUCGUCGGCGACGGCCGGGGCGGCAACUCGACCUCGCUGCAGGUGAGCGCAUAUGAGCUAUAUGCGCCAUCAUUUGGGACGGGACCGGACAAGGUCUUCACGCAACAGGAUACGUACCCUUAUGUUGCGGGCGAGUUUGUGUGGAGUGGGUGGGACUACCUCGGGGAGCCGACGCCGUACGCUUCCUCGCCGCUGGCGCGCAGCUCGUACUUUGGGAUUAUCGACCUGGCUGGGUUCAAAAAGGAUAGGUUCCACCUGUACCAGUCACGGUGGCGGCCUGAUCUCCCGAGCGCGCACAUCCUGCCGCACUGGAGCUGGCCCGACCGGGUUGGUGAGGUCACUCCUGUCCAUGUGUUUUCGUCUGCAGACGAGGCUGAGCUGUUCGUCAACGGGGAGUCGGCCGGACGCCAGGUCAAGGAGCCUCUCACGUACCGAUUCCGCUGGGACAAUGUCACCUACUCCCCCGGCGAUCUUCGCGUCGUGACAUGCAAGAACGGAGACGUGUGGGCAGAGGCGAGCAAGAGGACCGUCGGUCCCGCCGAGGGGCUUAAUGUGACGGCGGACCGCACGGCAAUCACGGCUGAUGGGCACGACCUGUCGUUCAUCACCGCGGCUGUGACUGAUGGGUCGGGUGACAUCGUGCCCUACGCAACUGACAGUAUUACCUUUUCCAUUUCUGGCCCGGGCGAGAUCGUGUCCACCGACAACGGCGACCCGUCUGACCAGACCCCGUUCCCAUCUUUGACGCGCAAGGCUUUCAGUGGUCUGGCUUUGGCUGUAGUGCGCACUGCGGCUGGGCAGGCGGGAGAGAUCAUGGUCUCGGCAGCGGCGGACGGUCUGACGCCUGCUCAAGUUAGUUUAGUUGCUGUUUGA